GAUCGGGCACCUGGUCUGCCAGCCUGGCUUCAGGGAGUGUCUCCCCAGGCGCCCGCCCUGUGGGCUGGUGUCUGGGCCCAGUUGCUGUCCUGGCUGAGCCCCUGGUGCGGGGACCUGCAGUGCCGCAGCUGAGUCCGAAGAUGGACGUGUUUGGGGGGGCCCCCCGGUUCCUUGCCUACCCCCGCACUUUCACAGUGCAGAGUGGUGCUGAUGCCGUCCUGAAGUGCCAGAUCGCGGGCGACCCACGCCCCAGCAUCAUCUGGGAGAAGGACAAAUCCCCGAUCGCGCUGCUGGGCCGCUUCCAGGUGGAGGCCGAGGGGACCGUGUACAGCCUGUCGAUUUCCCAGGUGACCCCAGCGGACAGCGGGCAGUAUGUCUGCAAGGCCAAGAACGCCAUCGGGGAGACGUACGCUGCUGCCACACUCAAGGUGGAGGCGAGGGAGCUGCAGCAGGAGGGACACCCUGAGGAUGUGCCCCCCGUUUUUCUGAGCAAGCCUCUGUCCUGGCAGGUCUGCAGGGGGGAGGAUGUGAUGUUCACCUGCAGGGUCUCGGGGCAGCCUAGCCCUGUGCUGCAGUGGGAGAAGGAUGGGCGCCAGCUGUCGGAUCUCUUUGAGAGCAGCCAUUUCUCGGUGGGGAAGGAGCCGGAAGACUGGCAUUUCCUGAAGAUCUUCGGCGCCCGGCCCCCGGACGGAGGGGUCUAUGUGUGCAGGGCGCGGAACCGCUCAGGGGAGGCCCUGGCAGCAGCUGUGCUCCUGGUCGACCCCAUGGCUCGUGGGCUGCCAGACGGCCCCUUCCUGGGCUCCCCCGGGAACUGCUGGACCCUGAGCCAUUUCAGUAAGCAGCCGGAUCAGCACGGUGACAGGAGGCACUGCCACGGGCAGCGCUCCGUGCCCUGGCCGGCCCGGCCCAAUGGCGAGGUGGCUCCCGGCGCACCCAAAGCCAAGGCGUUCGCUGUGAGCGAGGGGAAGCACGCCAAGUUCCGCUGCUACGUGACGGGCAAGCCGAAGCCCGAGAUUGUGUGGAAGAAGGACGGGAAGGUCGUUGCGCCAGACAGGAGGCACCUGGUCUAUGAGGAUAGGGAAGGCUACUUCAUCCUGAAAGUGCUGUACUGCAAGGCCCGGGACCAGGGGCUGUACAUCUGCACCGCCUCCAACACGGCUGGCCAGACCCUCAGUGCCGUGCAGCUCCAUGUGAGAGAGCACCGGGUGCGGUUCCAGUUGCAGCUGGAGGAUGUGGAGGUGCAGGAGUGUGAGGACGCCGUGCUGGAGUGCAAGGUGCCCCAGGAGACCAUCCCCACGGCCUGGUACCUGGAGGACAAGCAGCUGCAGCCAAGCCACAAGUACGUGAUUGAGGAGCAGGGCCUGGUGCGACGCCUGACCAUCCGGGACGCCCGCGCUGACGACGACGGCAUCUACCUGUGCGAGAUGAAGGACAAAGGGCGCAGCAUUGCUGAGGUCUCAGUCAGAGGGGCAAUCGUGAAGCGGCUCCCGCGGAAGCUGGACGUCAUGGAGGGGGAGAAUGCUGCCUUCUGUGUGGAGACCCGGGAUGCCGUGGAGGGAAUCCGCUGGAGCCGGAACGGGCUGGAGCUGCGGGAGACACCAUGCACUGUGCUGAAGAGCUUCGGCAAAACCCACCUGCUGGUCCUGGUGCAUGUGACGCGGGAGGACGCUGGGGUCAUCUCCUUCAGCGUGGGGGAGUCGCAGACGUCAGCCCAGCUUCGCAUCAAAUGUGCAAAGCGUGUUCCCCCGAGCGCGCCCGUGGCCGCCGAGAUGAGCACGGACCGCAGCAACGCUGCCCUCCUGACCUGGUGCCCCGGGCCUGAUGUGCACAGGACCCCCCCCAGCAGCUACGUCCUGGAGCGGCAGGAGGCCAGCACGGCCGAGUGGGUGCAGUGCCUUACCACGGACCUGGCCAGCAUGGUGGAGGUGCUCGGGGAUAGCGUGCCCGCCGAGGCAGACUACUGCUUUCGCAUCUGUGCCGUGAACAAGUACGGGAGGAGCAGGCCCGUGGAAUUCCCUGGCUCUGUGCACCUUGUCCCUGUAGCCUGCGUGCGGAGAGCCCUGAAGGACGUGCAGGUGCAGGGGGGCCAGGAUGCCCAGUUCUCCCUGGAGCUCUCGGCCUCCGUGGCGGGGAGCUGGUUCCUGAACGGGGCGAAGCUGGAGGAGGGAGAGGAAGGCCAGCGCUACUGCAUAAAGCGCAGCGGGACCGAGCACUCCCUGCUGCUCCGUGGUGUGCGGCUGGCGGAGAGCGGGGCCGAGGUCAAGUUUGAGUCCAGUGGCGUGCGGGACUCCGCCACUCUGCAGGUGCAAGCCCCGCAGGUGCGCAUCGCCCCGGUGCCCGAGGCCCAGCGCCGCCGGGAGCUCCUGGCAGGGCUGCCCCUGCUCCUGGAGUGCGAGGUCUCCACGCCCGACGCCCCUGUGCGCUGGCUCAAGGACGGGGAGGCUGUGCCCUCGGACGACGUCGUCGCCCUGCAGGCAGAGGGCUGCGCCAGGAGGCUGUUUAUCCGCUCUGCCCGCCCCUCAGACUCCGGGACGUAUACGUGUGACGCGGGCGAGGAUGCGCUGAGCUUCACGGUGACCGUGACCGAGCCGCCCGUGAGGAUCGUCAGCUCUAACGAGGACGCCGCGCACACCUACCUGGCCUUGGAGCGCGUGGUGCUGGCGUGCGAGCUGUCCCAUGCCAACGGCCCGGUGCAGUGGUACAAGGACGGGGUGGAGGUGGAGGAGGGCGAGCACCUGCUCCUGGAGUGCGAGGGGCCCCAUCACAGGCUCGUCAUCCCCUCGGCCCGGCCGCAGGACACGGGGGAGUUUGUGUGCGACGCGGGCGGCGACUCUGUCUUCUACAACAUCACAGUGACAGAGCCGCCCGUGAGGAUCGUCAGCUCUAACGAGGACGCCGCCCACACCUACCUGGCCUCGGAGCGCGUGGUGCUGGCGUGCGAGCUGUCCCGUGCCGACGGCCCGGUGCAGUGGUACAAGGACGGGGUGGAGGUGGAGGAGGGCGAGCACCUGCUCCUGGAGUGCGAGGGGCCCCAUCACAGGCUUGUCAUCCCCUCGGCCCGGCCGCAGGACACGGGGGAGUUUGUGUGCGACGCGGGCGGCGACUCCGUCUUCUACAACAUCUCGGUGACAGCCCCGCAGGUGCGCAUCGCCCCGGUGCCCGAGGCCCAGCGCCACCGGGAGCUCCUGGCAGGGCUGCCCCUGCUCCUGGAGUGCGAGGUCUCCACGCCCGACGCCCCUGUGCGCUGGCUCAAGGAUGGGGAGGCUGUGCCCUCGGACGACAUCGUCGCCCUGCAGGCAGAGGGCUGCGCCAGGAGGCUGUUUAUCCGCUCUGCCCGCCCCUCAGACUCCGGGACGUAUACGUGUGACGCGGGCGAGGAUGUGCUGAGCUUCACGGUGACUGUGACCGAGCCGCCCGUGAGGAUCGUCAGCUCUAACGAGGACGCCGCGCACACCUACCUGGCCUCAGAGCGCGUGGUGUUGGCGUGUGAGCUGUCCCGUGCUGACGGCCUGGUGCAGUGGUACAAGGAUGGGGUGGAGGUGGAGGAGGGCGAGCACCUGCUCCUGGAGUGCGAGGGGCCCCAUCACAGGCUCAUCAUCCCCUCGGCUUGGCCGCAGGACACGGGGGAGUUUGUGUGCGACGCGGGCGGCGACUCCGUCUUCUACAACAUCACAGUGACAGAGCCUGCAGUGAGGAUCCUGCGCCCCCAGGAGCGCUCCCUGGAGCUGCAGGCUCUGGCGCUGCAGCGCCUGGAGCUGAGGUGUGAGCUGUCUAGAGCAGAUGCCCAGGUGUGCUGGUUCAAGGACGGGCUGGAGGUGGAUGAGACAGAGAACCUGCUGCUGCGGGCAGAGGGGGCCCAGCGCUGGCUGAUUGUCCCGCAGGCCCGGGCCGAGGAUGCUGGCGAGUACAUCUGUGAGACAAGGGACGAGUCCGUCUCCUUUGACGUCAGGGUGUCAGAGCCCCCGGUGAAGAUCCUGCAGCCGCGGCGAGCUCCCCCCACCCUGAAGGCCGUCAUGGGGGAGACGGUGACUCUGGCCUGCGAGCUCUCGCGCGGGAACGUGCCAGUGCAGUGGGUUAAGGAUGGCACCAGGCUGGAGGCUGGCGGCAGCCUGAUCCUGGAGGAGGAGGGUGCCCAUCGGCGGCUGGUCAUCCCUGCGGCUGGAGUGGAGCAUUCUGGGAAGUACGUCUGCGAUGCGGCUGAUGACACCAGGACGUUUACUGUCCAAGUGUGUGACCCUCCUGUGACGAUCCUGGGGCGGGGUGAGCUGCAGACCCACCGCCGCUGCCUGGCCGCGGAGGACCUGGUGCUGGAGGUGACACUCUCCCAUGCCCACGGAGAGGUGAAGUGGUACAAGGAUGGUGAGAAGUUGCAGGACACGGGGCGCGUGCGUCUGGAGGAAGACGGGGCACGGCAUGCACUGGUCAUUCUGGGCAUGGAGAGCAAGGACGCGGGGGAGUAUCUGUGUGACAGCCAUGACGACAGCCUCAUCUUCUGUGUCGCCGUGGAAGAGCCCCCUGUGUGCAUUGUGAGGAGCAAGGGGGGCCGGGAGCAGCAGUGCCUGGCGGCCGGCGAUGACCUGGUGGUGGCCUGCGAGGUGUCACAGCCCAGCGCUGCCGUCCGCUGGCUCAGGGAUGGCCAGGAGCUGGUGGCCAGCGAACGAGUCCGGAUCGAGGACCGGGGAGCUCUCAGGCAGCUGACCAUCCUCGGGGCCCGGCCCAGCGACUCUGGCUCCUACGUUUGUGACGCUGUUGGUGACCGAAUGGUGACGACUGUGGAGGUGGCAGCCCCCCCCGUUCGCGUUGUGAAUAAGGAGGAGGCCAAGAUGCCCGUGGAGGUCCUGGAAGGGGAGAGUGUCACGCUGGUUGCCCGGCUCACCCAGGAACAGGCUCCUGUCCAAUGGCUGAAGAACAAGCGGGUGCUGCGUUCCGGGGCACGGCUCCUCCUGGGCACCCAGGGGCCCUCGCACAGCCUCACCAUCAAGCAGACGGAGCUGGGCGACAGUGGCACCUUCAGCUGUGACACUGGGGACGACGAGGUGCACUUCACCCUGCGAGUGAGAGAGGCUCCAGUGCUCUUUGUGAACAAGCAGGAGAAGCCGGAGAAGGUGCUGGUGCUGGAGGGGGGCAGUGCCGUGCUCUCAGCCAUCGUCUCCAAGGAGCAGGCCCCAGUGAGCUGGAGGGGGCCCCAGCAGCCCCUGGCAGCAGGGCAGCGCUGCGAGCUGCGGCGAGAGGGCCGGGUGCACAGCCUGGUGCUGACCAACGUGGGCAAGGACGAUGCCGGCCUCUACACCUGCCUCUCCUGCCAUGACCAGAUGCAGUUUGAAGUGAGCGUGAAAGAGCUGCAGGUGAAAUUUGUGCGAGGCUUGUCGGACGUGCAAGCGCACGUGGGUGAGACGGUGCUGCUGUGGUGCGAGCUGUGCAAGGCCAGGGGGCAGGUGGUGUGGCUGAAGGAUGGGCAGGAGCUGGAGCCCAGCGGCAGGUGGGAGAUCAAGGCAGAGGGGCGGGAGUGCUCCCUGGCGCUGAGCAACGUGGGGCCUGAGGACGCCGGCGAGUAUUCCUGCGAGUCCAAGGAUGACCGGACGCUGGCCACGGUAACUGUGCUGGUGCCCAGGGUGGUGGAGAUCAUCUCGGAGCUGCACAACUUGACGGUGCUGGAAGGGGACGACGCCACCUUCAAGUGCCUGGUGUCCCCGGAUGACGUGGCCCUGACGUGGCAGCUGAACGGCCAGGCUGUCACCACCUGCGAGCGGCUGGUGGUGACCAGGAACGGGCUGUGCCACGCCCUGACCAUCCGGCAGUGCCAGCUGGGAGACGCAGGCACCGUGACAGCCCGUGCUGAGGGCCUGGUGAGCACAGCCCGGCUGAGCGUGCAAGAGGCCCAGGUGCUGUUUGUGCGGAAGCUGCAGGACGUGGUGGCCGAGGCGCUGCAGGACGUGCUGCUGGAGGUGGAGCUGAGCCGCGAGGCGGGCGAGGUGCAGUGGCUGAAGCAGGGGGUGCUCAUCCAGCCGGGCAGCAAGUACCAGUUUCAGGAGGCCGGGCACAGACGGGGCCUGACCAUUCGCAGCCUCAGCCCCUCGGACCGCGGCACCUACCGCUGCGAGAGCCUCCACGACCGGACGCAGGCCAAGCUGAGCGUGGCGCCCCGAAAGGUGUCUGUGCGGAAGCCACUGUCGGACGUGGAGACCUUUGAGAAGGAGACGGCCACGUUCCAGCUGGAGCUGUCCCAUGCUGACGUGCCCGGGGUGUGGACGCGGGACGGCAUCCGGGUGAAGCCCAGCCGGACCUGCCGGGUCAGCGCCACGGGCUGCGUGCACAGCCUGACGCUGCUGGGGCUCACGCUGGAGGAUUCGGGCACCGUCACCUUCACCUCCGACACCCUGCGUUCCAGCGCCCGCCUGACCGUCAGAGAGCCGCCAGUUGCCAUGGUGAAGGCCCCCCGGGACGUGGGUGUCCCUGAGACUGGGGCUGCCAGCUUCGAGUGCGAGCUGUCCCGCCCCAUUGCGGAGGUGAAGUGGUACAAGGACGGGACGGCGCUGCAAGCGGGGCCCAAGUGCCGCAUCUACUCAGUGGGCCGGCGGCGCCUGCUGCAGCUCAGCCACUGCAGCCUGGACGACGCAGGGGAGUACACGUGCGACGCAGGGGACUGCCGGGCCUCCGCCAUGCUGCGGGUCUACGAGCGCCAGGUGCAGAUUGUGCAGGAGCUGGCGGACGUGCGUGUGCGUGAGAACGAGAACGCCGUCUUCACCUGCCAGGUCUCGCACGAGGACGUGAAGGGCGAGUGGUUCAGGGGUGGCGAGAAAAUCAAAGUCACCAGCACUGUGAAAAUUCGGCAAGAGGGCCCCAGGCACUUCCUGCUCAUCUGCAACGUGCGCCCGGAGGACGCGGGAUGCAUCCGGUUCGUCGCCAAGGCAGCUGCCUCCGAAGCCAGCCUGCAGGUGGAGGCACUCCCGAUCCGGAUCAUAAAGCCGCUGCGGGACAAGACGGCGCUGGCGCGGCACAAGGCCACGCUGGAGUGCACCGUGUCGCAGGCGCGUGGCCGCGUGCGCUGGUUCCGCGGAGACACCGAGAUCUUCGCCAGCGACAAGUAUGAGAUCUGCAACCUCGACUGCUAUCGCACCCUCAUCAUCCACGGGGUGGGGCCGGAGGACGAGGCCUCCUACACCUGCGACGCCUUUGACGACCGCUCCACCGCCCGCCUGCUGGUGGAGGGGCAUUAGGUGCUGGCAUCGGACAAGCCCGACCAGAUGGGUCCUGGCUGGCCACAGCGGGGGCUGCCCAUUAACCGCUCCAGUGCCCCACCUUGCUGGGUGACGUCCUGCGCCCCGCCCCCCGAGCGGGGCGGUGCCCUGGGCAAGCAGGGCUGCCCGGCCCUGGGCAGGGGGUGCUCUGGGGUGACCCCCCACUCCCAACGCGGCUGAAUCGACCUCGCAGUGGGACUCUACACUUCCCUGUUCCUCAGCAACACAAGGGCAGGCCUCCAUUUCCGCCCCCACCCCUGCACCUUGCGACAGAGGGGCUGGGGGGGGGAGCAGAUGAGGGGGUCUGGCAGUGAGUCACCAGCCUG